CGGCAUUGUCUGCACUUGGUGCAGUAUGUUUUGAAAGAGCAGAACGACAGGAGUGUUAUUCGAUCGCCUGGUGUAUUUUUGUGUUUUAUCUUGUCCAACGUACAGCUUAGCACAAAACAUCAUGAGUUUGGUCAGGCAAAAUUUUCACGAGGACUGCGAAUUAGCCCUCAACAAGCAAAUCAAUAUGGAACUGUACGCCAGUUACGUCUACCUAUCUAUGGCUUAUUAUUUCAACAGGAGCGAUGUCGCUCUGCCCGGUCUUUACAAAUAUUUCAAAAAAGCGUCCGACGAGGAAAGGGAACAUGCCAUGAAAUUUAUGGCGUAUCAGAAUAAAAGAGGCGGCAACAUCAUUUUGACAACCAUCGAAAGCCCGCCCAAAAAUAAUUGGAACGCAGCUAAAGAUGCUAUGUCAGAAGCAUUAGAUCUGGAGAAAAAAGUUAACGAGAGUCUCCUGGAAUUGCACGCUCUCGCCUCAUCACACAACGACCCGAAUUUCCUAGAUUUCUUAGAAACCGAAUACCUGCAAGAACAAGUGGACUCCAUCAAAGAAAUUGCCGAUCACGUGACAAAUUUGGAACGAGUUGGCGAAGGACUCGGAGUAUACAUUUUCGACAGGGAACUCAAGGAUUAAAAUAUUAUUGAAGAAAGGAAUAGAAAAUUAUUUUGAAACAAUUAAUAUACUUUGCACAAACGGAACUUACGAAUGCAAUUUACAAUAAUGAAAUCAAAAGAUUAAUGCAGUUUAGAAGAACGAAAGAAUAUUGCAUUUAAACAGAUUCUAUCGAUGGUACAGUACUUGCAUAAUUCUGAUAAGGACAUUUCCGACAAGUUACUACAUACUUCCUCGAAUGCCACAGACUGUCAAUUCCAAAUAAAAUCAGUAGCUUUUAACGUGUUAUUAGAUGUAAUGAAUACUGCGAUGUACUGCGCAACGUUGUGUUAACUUUAUUCGCAAUAAAAGUUGAUAAUUCUGA